AUGGCGAUCGCCAGCACGAACGUCGCGAAUCGGAAGCUUUUUGUGCGGGGUUUGGCGUGGGAGACAUCAUCAGAGACGCUUCUUGCUGCCUUCGAGCAGUACGGCGAGAUCGAGGAGGGCGCCGUGAUCACGGAUCGGACGACCGGUCGGUCGAGGGGCUUCGGCUUCGUUACCUUCAAGUCGUCGGAGUCCGCUUAUAUGGCUCUUCGCGAACCCACGAAAAUGAUCGACGGCCGUGCUGCCAUGUGCAACCUCGCAGCUGCAGGCCCCACGUCCCACCCAACCGCCACCUCCGUCGCUGCCGCCUCCUCCCACGGCGGCGGUGGCGGAGACAGCGGGUACCAGUACCGGCCGAGCUACUCCAGCGGCGCGGACCUGGUGUAUCGCAAGCUGUACGUGUGGGGGCUGCACUUCGACACGACGAACGAGACGUUCAAGGACUACUUCUCGCAGUACGGCGAGAUUGAGGAGGGCGCCGUGGCGUUCGACCGCGAGACACACAAGUCCAGAGGCUUUGGCUUUGUGACCUACCGGUCAGCAGAUGAUGCGAGGAAAGCUCUUGUAGAACCGACCAAGUUCAUUGAUGGUCGCAAGGUGCAAGUGAAAUACGCCCUGGAUGGUACCAAGGAGAAGAACGCGUUUGCCCAAGCACAAGCCCAGCUGCAGCAGCAGCAGCAGCUAGCAGCCGCACUCACCGGCGUGGCCCUCCAAAACCCCCUCGCCUUCUCCCCCUACGCUUUCCCUGGCGGCCUCCCAGCCUCCGCCUUCGGUUCGGCCGGGCUGCAAGGCAUGGGCUUCCCGACAGCAGCAGCUGGUGCGGUAGGGGGGGCAGCAGCAGGGGGUCAGUCGUCAGGGCAACAGAACCAGGCUGCGGCAGCAGCGGCGGCAGCGCAGCAGUAUGUGUCUUCUCUGGGGGCGGCUGCAUCUGGGGCGGGUGCUGCUGGGGGUGCAGCAGGCACGGGAGGGGUGCAGGUGUCGUAUGGGUUUGGGUCGGUGGCGCCUGGGGGCCUUGGAACUACGUUCUUCACUCAGUAG